CUGGAAUCUUCAGCUUCCCAUCCAUUCAUAUGCCAUAUAUAUAUGUAACUCUCUACUCUCCACCACCCUUCAUAUAUAAACCCUAGAACCCUCUCUUCCAUAUGCUCUCACAAAGCAAACACAACUACAAAGUUAAUUAAAAAAGCUUGUCACUUGUUAGGUAGCUACUUCUCUUGGGAAAGAUCUCAUUUAUAUAUGCCAGUAGAUCCUUAGAAGUGGUUAGUGUCAGUUGAAGUUACAAUCAUGGUGGUUGAGCGCUACUAUUUCUUCCACCACAGGCCACCGGCGGCCACCCUUGAGAUACUUGCUUUUGAUACGGCCAACACCAUGCGCCGCCUCGUCUCACUCUAUAACUCCCUUACCGAUGCUGAGGUUUCAAAACUCUGCAACCACACUAUCAACUCUAAAGGGGUCGUCUACUUGAACUCCAAGCAAGAAUGCUUCCUCCUCAACCUGGCCUGCGCCGAACGCCUCGAGGAGCUCGACGUCGCCGCAGCCACUGUCUCACAGUUGGGCCGGAAAUGCUCUGAUCCUGGACUCAACCAGUUCCAUCUUGUCUACGCCGAUCUAAAAGCCGGAAUGAUCAACACUAGAAAGCUCCAAUUCGGCAGCCGAAGUGUACUGAAGAGCGUUGAGAAGAUGGAGAAGUUGGUCUUGGCCACCGCGAAACUUCACGACGCAAUGGUGUGUCUCGCCGAUAUGGAAGCUUCGGAGAAGAAAGUGCAACACUGGAAAGCAUUGGGUUGUAAAAACUUUGGUUACAGACAUCAAGUGAACAUACAAACUUUGUGCGAUCAAAUUGCAUUUCAGAGAAAGCAGGUGAGGCGUUACAAGGAGCUGUCGCUAUGGAAUCAAACAUUCGACAAGGCUGUAAGACUCAUGGUUCGGAUCGUCUUCAUCAUCUAUGCCCGAAUUUGUUCCGUUUUCGAACCCUACAUUUCGGGUCUUCCAACGAAUGACCAAAAUUUCGGCGACUGCUAUUGCCUCCUUGAACACCGAGAAUUAUACCAAACCAAUUGCUGCCUGACCAAUCGUGUUUCCAAGUCGGGUCCCAUCUCGAAGACAAACAAAUCGGGACCGAUUCGAUUCGUCCCCGAUGAAGAUGACGAAAUCGCGAAAAGCAACAGAGUAUUGAAGAUGGCGUCGCCGUCGACGGUUGGAGGGGCGGGGCUAUCGUUCAGAUACGCGAGCGUGAUUAUGUUCGCGGAGCGUUGCCUACACUCGCCAGGGAGUAUAGGAGAGAGCGAGCGUGAGGCGCUGUACGAAAUGCUGCCGGAGAGACUAAAGGAGAAGGUGAGGAAGAAGAUGAGGGGACAGUGGUUGAAGGGGGAGGAGUGGGAGGAGGGAGGGGACGGACGGUCCCCGGCGGAGGGAUGGCGGGAGGCGGUGGAGGAGAUAAUGGAGUGGCUGACGCCGGUGGCGCGUGAUACGACAAGGUGGCAGGCGGAGAGGAGUAUGGAGAAGCAGAGGUACGACGGGAAGCCGACGACGCUGUUGUUGCAGACUUUGCAUUACUCAGAUUUGGAUAAGGCGGAGGCGGCCAUCGUGGAGGUGUUGGUGGGAUUGAGUUGUAUAUUUAAGUAUGAAAAACGACGUCGUCAGAGGUGACCUCAAUGGAUUAAAAUUAGGGUCUUUUUUCCCUUGAGAUUAUAUUACUUCCAAAAUUAAUUAUUUUUCCCCUCAAUCCAAAUUGAUUCUUUUUGUAGCAUCUUAGUUGAUAAGAUUUGAAAUGUUGGCACAAAGCUGGCAUACGGUUUCCUGGUAGAGAGUAAUGGAUACAAAAGUUUCUUCAAAAUGAGAAAAAAAAAUGUAGUGUGCUUGGAUUGAUUGAAAGUGAAAGUGAGUACUACCUUUUUGGAGUAGAAACAAGCUUACCCAUCAGCCGCUUCAGAGUAGUUGCAGACCAAGAGCUUCUGAGAAGAAGCAACUUGUACAAUGCUGCCCAAAUAGAGGAAGAAGUGAGGGUUCUCAUUCCAGAUAAUGCAAUAAGACUAGAAGUGGACGGCUCUGUUAUUGAAGGAGGAAAGAGUGGAUGUGGAGGUGUGCCUAGAGAUAAAAACGAUAGGAGGACAUG